AUGGCAAAUUCGAACAAAACAACAUCGUCCAGCGGCGUCGUACAAGGAGCGUCGCCAUCCCGCAAUGGCAAAGUAGAAUCCGCACCCAGGUCCUUCUUCUCCAAGAGAAUGGCUAUCCUUUUCAUUGUUUCUGCGUAUAUCUUUUUAAAGCACCAAGAUGACUUACAAGGACAGGGAGGAGAGCAGUUGGCCAAAGUGCAAGUACCUAACAGAGUUAUUAGAAGUUUAGCAAAGGAAACCGAAUCUCAAUCAGAAGAUGAGGGUGAAUUAGAGGAGGUGGAAUACGAAAAUGAUGAAGAUGCUGAACAAGAAGUGUAUGAAGAAUCACGGGAAUACGUAGGUGAUGAUGAGGAGGUGGAAGGAGAAGAAUUUGUAGAAGCACAGGAAGAGAUGCCAGAAGGAGGUUAUUCUGAUGAGGAAUAUGAAGAGCAGGCUGUUGAAGGACGGGACGAGGUGCCAGAAGGAGGUUAUUCUGAUGAGGAAUAUGACGAGCAAGCUGUUGAAGGAGAAGAAUUUGUGGAAGCACAGGAAGAGAUGCCAGAAGGAGGUUAUUCUGAUGAGGAAUAUGAAGAGCAGGCUGUUGAAGGAGGAUAUUCUGAUGAAGAAUAUGAACAGCAAGGUGUUGAAGGAGGAUAUUCUAAUGAGGAGUAUGACCAGCAAGGUGUUCAAGGAAUAUCUCCUGAUAAGCACCAACAAAAGCAAGCUGUUCAAGGAGGAUAUACCUAUAAGCAGCAAGAAAAGAAAGCUGCUCAAGGAGGAUAUGAAAAAGGGGAGAUCGGUCUGCGAGGAGAUUACUUUUAUGGUGAUAAUGCGGAAGAAAAACAGCAGGUAAAUGCAUAUAAAGGGUUUGAGUUUGAACUAGUAUAUGAACCACAUGAAAAUGAAGGUAUGUCAUUAAAGGAACUAUUGAAAGACGAUUUGAAGGCCGGAGUUAUUCCUAUUGUGGACAUACAAUGCCGAUUGAUUCCAAAAAAAGAUCCUGAAGAGAAGGGAUCUCCAGUGAGUAAUUUAUUCAAAUCGCAUGAUCACGCAAAUGGAGAUUCAAGAUGUGCAGAUUGGGGUACAUACCUACAAAGCUUAGGAAAGGAUUGGGUGAAAUUGGAAAGCAAAUUAAAUAAUGAAAGAGCAACCUUCAUGGGACAGAAGGAGGCAGAAUGGAAUAACUGGAUACAAGGUAUUAAACAUAUGUUGGUACAACAAACGAGAGAUUCAACAGAAGAAGGGAGCACAGGAUACCUGAGAAGUUCACAUGAAAAUAGCAAUGACCAAUCAUCUAAAGCAGCAUUAAAAGCUGAUAUUAAAACACAAUUGAACAAAUGGUUGACAGAGACUCGUUGCGGCUUAUUUAGCAUUCUCGCUAAAUAUAUGAUGCAAUUUGAAGACAAUAAUAUGAAAGGAUGGUUAUUGUAUCACUGGAACAACAACGAAAAGGUUACUGUUUCUAACUCGCUUGGACUCAUGCCAGCAACAGAACUGUUAAAUAUGGCCCAGACUAAAAUAUGGUACCAGCAAGAUCAAUACAUGGAGGAAGAGAGAAAGCAACUCAUGAAAUGGUUUCUCCAUAAACAAGACGAAUGUUUAAAAAGACACUGGGAACAAUUUGAUGAGUGGAAAAAAGGAAAAGUUGACAUGUUAAAUUCAAAGACGUUGAAGAAGAACAACAACAAGAAGAAGGACAACAACAAGAAGAAGGAGAGCAACAAGAAGGAGAAGAAGAAGUACCACCAACCCCAGUCGACGAGGAAGCACAAGAAUAAACUUGUUAAUGAAGUAACAAUAUGA